AUGAUACUGGCUUAUUAUUUAUGGACGGUGGUGUUAUUCACUAGUUCCUAUGGAGUUUCUGAGCUUCAACAAAGUGGUCAAAUAGAAAUCAGAUAUGACAUUAAACCUGUCGAUACCAUUGGAAUCAUCUAUCUCUUGCCUUCGAAUCGGUACUGCAGAUCGGACGAAGAGUGCUCUAUGCUCUUUCCAGGAACUCGCUGCAUCGGAAAAUAUUGCAUGAAGCUUGGUAGCCAAUGUGAUAGCGAUCAAGACUGUCCUGUUCAAAACCAGGUAUAUUGCGUAGAAUCGCGCUGUAUGCAGCUAGGACAAUCAUGUAGAGAUAAUGAGGACUGCCCGUACCACCUCGAGGGUGUGAACUGCCUCGAAUCAGUGUGCGUAAAACCAGUGCAAUGCUCCACAGACAACGAUUGUCUUAGAUAUCCAGAUACAGAAUGUCUUGGCUACAAGUGCGUGAAGGUGACUCGAUCAUGUCGACAGCAUUCUGACUGCUACUACCGGGAACAUACAUUUUGCAUACAAUAUAGAUGCAGGUGGUUGUAUCAAACGUGUGCUGCCGACGAGGAUUGCCCGUACAGAGAUCUCACGAAAUGUCAUAAUUCGCGGUGCGUACUUCGAGAUCUUAACAUGGGAUUAGAAAAUAAAGAAUCAUGCACGACAGAUAGCGAUUGUCCUUCACAUCUUCGCUGCUUUAAUUCAAAAUGUGUCAGAAUGACCACGUGCAAAAGCGAUGCCGAUUGUGGUGACAAUUCUCAAACAUACUGCAUAAGAUCAAUUUGCCUAAAGUUGGAACAGUCAUGCAGAACUGAUUCCGACUGCAACUUCCAUCCUUCUUUGUAUUGCAUUGAGCGUACUUGUGUUAAACUUGGACAGACGUGCAGUGUGGAUACAGAUUGUCCUGGCAGGAGUACGAGAUGUGUGAAUCAAAGGUGUGUAAAAAAGGACCAAAAUGGGCUCAAGAUAUUCUUCAACAUUACCAAGGUUACCGUUGGGGAAGUCUUCGUUUUGCCUUCUGGAAGGCGUUGCUCAGCGGAUGAAGAUUGCUCUUCCUCUCGUGAAAUAAAAUGCGUAGACGGUUUCUGUGUGAGGGAAGGUGCUUCCUGCAGAACAGAUGAUGUUUGCCCUCCCUAUCCUGAAUCACAAUGCGUACGAUUUCAAUGUAUGAGGAUACGACAGAUGUGCAGUGUGGAUGAAGAUUGUCCAUUUUAUCCAGAAACAAAGUGCAUCGAUUCUCAGUGCGUGAAACUUCAGGGAGAAUGUCGUACAAAUGCGGAUUGCCCUCUGCAACCAUAUACUGAAUGUGUGAACUUCAAGUGUACCACACGCAAAUGUAGAAAUGAUCUCGAUUGCCCUUCCUCUCCUAAAAUGGAGUGCAUCGAGAAUACUUGCAGAAAGAUAUCUCAUUCUUGCCAAUCCGACAAUGACUGCCCGCUCAAGGGAUCCUACUGUAUCAGCUCUCGCUGCAUCAAAUUAUCACAAUCUUGCAUGGUAAACAAGGAUUGCCCAUAUUUCCCCCAAACAAUAUGUCUCGAAUCGAGAUGUGUCAAAGCUAUUGCGUGCAAGAACGACGUCGAUUGUAGCGACUACACGGGAUCAUUUUGCAUUCGCUCGCAGUGUCAGAAGCUCGGACAAUGUCGCAUUGAUUCAGACUGCCCUCUUGAUCCAAUGAUUUACUGUAUCAAGAACGAAUGCGUCAAAAUAGGCCAAGCAUGUAGGAUUGACUCAGAUUGUCCACACAAUCCUGAAACUGUUUGUUUGAAAUCAAAAUGCGUGAGGAUAGGUCAAGCUUGUCAUGAGGACUCAAUGUGCCCGGAGUAUCCACUUACAUACUGCAUAAAAUUCAAAUGUAUCAAGAUCCCCACAUGCAGAAUCGACAAAGAUUGCAGGGAUUAUCCGAAAACAUCUUGCAUCGAGUCUCAAUGCCAAAAAAUCGGUCAGUACUGUCAGGUCGAUGCUGAUUGCCCAUUUACACUGCAUGUCAGGUGCAUCAACCACGCUUGCUCAAAAGGAUGCGCUUCCGAUAGUGACUGUACCUAUCCGAACACUAAGUGCAUCAACCACGCCUGCUCAAAGGGAUGCACUUCCGAUAGUGAUUGCGCCUAUCCGAACACUAGGUGCAUAAACUCGGAGUGUUCAGCGGGCAGACAAAGCUGCAGAAGAGACACUGACUGUUCAAAAUAUCCAGAUGAGUUUUGCUUGAAUAGCGAGUGCCUACAGCUUGGACAGGCUUGUACUGAGGACACAGAAUGCCCCUCCCAUCCGCAGACGGUUUGCAUCGAUUCACGGUGCGUCAGAGCUGAACAGGGCUGUGUAGUCGAUCGCGACUGUAGAUAUUUUCCAAUGAUGGUUUGCUUGAACUCGAAAUGUGUGAAACUUAAUCAAAAAUGUUAUAAAGACGAGGAUUGUCCUUACAGACCUGAUACAAUUUGUAUCAAAUCAGUUUGCGUUAGAGAAGGUCAAUACUGCGAUAGGGACAGCGACUGUCCAUCAUCGAUGGCAUGUUUGGAUAAAGGCUGUUAUCGAAUCGGAGGAAAAUGCACGAGGGAUCGCGAUUGUCCACAUUUUCCACACACACGUUGUAUAAAUGAAAAAUGCAUAAAGGUAGGACAGGAAUGUCGAAGUGAUGACGACUGUCCAUUUAGGCCGGACUUGAUUUGCAUCAGAUCUCGUUGUGAAGGAGCAGGCCAAAGUUGUGAGAAUGACCGAGAUUGUAUCUUCUAUCCAGAAUUACAGUGUCUGAACCAACGAUGUUACCGUGUUGGAGAAACAUGUGAGAAUGAUACUGACUGUCCGCAUCAUCCUCAGACGGUCUGUGUAGCCCGGAAGUGUAGGAAGAUUGGACAGGAAUGUGUAGUGGAUGAUGAUUGCCCGUAUAGACCUGACACAAUUUGUGUCAAAUCACGUUGCCAAAAGAAGGAUAAAUAUUGUAAAAGGAACCAGGAUUGUCCUUCAUAUCCGGAUGAACAUUGUCUAGACGGAGUUUGUUACCCAAUGGGAAUGACAUGCGAUGAUAAUUCGGUAUGUGCGAAAAUCCAUAGAAGUUUGAGCUGUGUAAACUCAAGAUGUGUUGAAGCUGGGCCGAGUUGCAGUCAAGAUUCAGAUUGCCCAUCCUAUCCUUAUAUGGAGUGUUCAAAUAGACAAUGUGCAGAACUACAAAAAUGUAGAACAGACGAUGACUGUCCUGAAAAGAAAGAAUGUGUACGCUCAUUGUGCGUAAGGCGUCGUCUCUGCGGAAGCAAUGAUGAUUGUCCUUUUUAUCCAGAAAAUCGUUGUCUUGGCACGCAUUGCGUUAAGCUGGGGAAACAGUGCAAAAAUAACAGACAAUGUAAGGUGGAAGGGAAGGAUCGUGUGUGUGUAAACAACGUAUGCAUUAGGCUAGAUCUUCCAUGUGAGUCCGAUUACGAUUGUCCAUAUCAUCCAGCGACACGUUGUGUGAAGAGGAAAAAAAUUUGUCGCAAAAAGAGAAAAGAACGACAACAAAAACCUUGUCCUCGUCCAAAACCGACUGGAAUCCCAAAACCCACUACUGCCCGUCCUACUCCGCCACCGACUAGAUCUCCAACACCCGCUGCUACAUAUCCUACUCCGACACCGACUAGACCUCCAACACCUGCUCCUACCCAUCCUACUCCGCCACCGACUGCACCUCCAACACCUGCUCCUACCCAUCCUACUCCGCCACCGACUGCACCUCCAACACCUGCUCCUACCCAUCCUACUCCGACACCGACUAGAACUCCAACACCCUCUACUCGUCAGAGUUGCAGUCACGAUUCAGACUGCCCAUCCUAUCCUUAUAUGGAGUGUUCAAAUAGGCAAUGUGCAGAACUACAAAACUGUAGAACAGACGAUGACUGUCCUGAAAAGAAAGAAUGUGUACGCUCAUUGUGCGUAAGGCGUCGUCGUUGUCACAACAAUGACGAUUGUCCUCUUUAUCCAGAUUAUCGUUGUCUUGGCACGCAUUGCGUUAAGCUGGGGAAACAGUGCAGAAAUAACAGACAAUGUAAGGUGGAAGGGAAGGAUCGUGUGUGUGUAAACAACGUAUGCAUUAGGCUAGAUCUUCCAUGUGAGUCCGAUUACGAUUGUCCAUAUCAUCCAGCGACACGUUGUGUGAAGAGGAAAAAAAUUUGUCGCAAAAAGAGAAAAGAACGACAACAAAAACCUUGUCCUCGUCCGAAACCGACUGCACCUCCAACACCUGCUCCUACCCAUCCUACUCCGCCACCGACUGCACCUCCAACACCUGCUCCUACCCAUCCUACUCCGCCACCGACUGCACCUCCAACACCCGCUCCUACCCAUCCUACUCCGCCACCGACUAGACCUCCAACUGCUCCUCCUGCGAGACGAGAUGCAAAUGGUUGCUUGAUCGAUUCAUCCGUUACUAUGGCGGGAAUGUGUCCUGGUGGUCGGGGGAUGAAUAAUCAUGCAAGAAAUCUAGCGACUUCGAUUCACAACCAGCGCAGGGGCGAGUUAGCAAGAGGAGAAACUAUAAAUGGUAAACACAAUCCUUACUUCCCAAGAGGAACUCUUUAUCGAAUGAGAUACGAUUGUCAAAUGGAAUUUGAUGCAUACACAAUGGCAGCUCAAUGCCCAAAUGAUGACCAAGUAAAGGCUCAAAGAAAAGCUUUACUUGACGUGAACAUACUUGGUUUCUAUGACGAUUGUCAAAAUCCUUCAGCCUAUGUGGAAAUGGCAACGAAAAAAUGGUGGGAUGAACAUAUAUAUUGGGGGAUAAACAGAAAAGUCAUUUAUCAUAAGUGGCUUCACGCUAAGUCGACUGGGAUUUUCGGAUGGAUAAAGAUGGCAUGGGGAAAAUCAUACAAGGUUGGAUGCGCGGUCGCCAGUUGUGUAGGUCAUAGAAAAGUUAUUGCGUGCAAAUACUCCCCUCAAGGACGAAUUAUUGAUCAAUACAUCUAUAAAGUAGGCGCAACAUGCGGUGGUUGUCCUGGAUCUUGCGUUGACAGUCUAUGUCAAAUAUGA